GUUCUGGACACUCUGAGUGACAGCACCAGCUCUACCAUGGCCAAUGACCUGGACCUCAUCUUCCUCAAGGGCAUCAUGGAGAGCCCUGUGGUGAGAAUAUAUGUACCUACUGUAUACCUACAGUAUAGCUACUUGUCUAUGGAUCUGUUCCACUGUGUUGGGUUUGUCAUUAUAAGACUAUAGCUUUCUUGUUGGGUUCUGGUUGUAUUCAUAUGGCUAUAUUAUUUGCUUUACAUAGAUAGAAAUGCAAUUCAUGAAUCAUUUUUUAAAUAAACUUAUCAGUCUGUUCUUGUAAAAAAUUGGAUGCACUGGACUCAACUGUCCAUAUAUGAUUUUUUACAAGUAAGAAAAACAUUUCGCCAAGAACAAAAGACAACUGUAUUGUCAUGGGUGUUUUGAUUCAAGGACAGUAUUAACUUUCUGCCGGUUGAGAUACAAAGUAACUUCUCUGUACAACCUUAUGAGGCACAAAGUUCACCAGAAGGUUCACCAAAAUGUACAAAGAAGCCACUUUCUUGUGAGAGAAGAGAUACCAAGACAAUAACUUGCAUUAUCCACUGUUCUUUUUAAUGACAACUAAUAAGGGAUAACUGUUCUUCUUUCAAAGAAGCAGGGGAGAGAUGGAGGGAGGGAGUUUGAAGCUUUUGAGAGCAGCACCCCGCUGAGCUCUGGGUUCUGUCUUUUAGAAUCCCAGAUUUUAAACGUCCUUCUUUUCCCAAAAAGAAAAGUGCAUAAUUCCAAAUUCAACACCCGUAGCCCUUUACACUGAUAAGUGCCUAAAUUGGAACGCAGUGGCUGUACAGUAACAUGCUAUACAGAUCUGAAUGGGUUUUGACUUACAGCCAUUCUCCCUCCUGCUAGUUGGGCCUUUUGCAACUUUUUUGUUGUCUGACUGAGGGAAAUUAUGUAAAUUAUGACUACUCAAUGUAUUUUGCAAGAUGAGAUGUUGAGCAUUAUAGUAAAUACCGUUAGACGUCAUACAAACAAGCCAAAUAACCGUGAGUCCAAAUGUCUACAUUUCCAUAUAAUAAAACUCAUGUAAAAUACAGUCAACAUUUAUGAUUACUGUUUGAUGUACACUACCAGUCAAAAGUUUGGACACACCUACUCAUUCAAGGGUUUUUAUUUAUUUUUUACUAUUUUCUACAUUGUAGAAUAAUAGUGAAGACAUCAAAACUAUGAAAUAACACAUAUGGAAUUCUACAGCUGCACCAUCGAGAGCAUCCUGACUGGUUGCAUCACCGCCUGGUAUGGCAAACUGCUCGGCCUCCGACCGCAAGGCACUACAGAGGGUAGUGUGUACGGCCUAGUACAUCACUGGGUCCAAGCUUCCUGCCAUUCAGGACCUCUAUACCAGGCGGUGUCAGAGGAAGGCCCUCAAAAUUGUCAAAGACUCCAGCCACCCUAAUCAUAGACUGUUCUCUCUGCUACUGCACGUCAAGCGGUAUCGGAGUGCCAAGUCUAGGUCCAAAAGACUUCUCAACAGCUUCUACCCCCAAGCCAUAAGACUCCAGAACAGCUAAUCAUGGCUACCCAAACUAUUUGCACUGCCCCCCCACCCCCACCCCAUCUUUUUACGCUGCUGCUACUCUGUUAAUUAUUUAUGCAUAGUCACUUUAACUCUACCCACAUGUACCUCAACUACCGCAACUAGCCGGUGCCCCCGCACAUUGACUCUGCACCGGUACCCCCCUGUAUAUAUAGCCUCCCUACUGUUAUUUUAUUUAACUUAUGCUCUUUUUUCUCAACACUUUUUUGUUGUUGUUUUAUUUUACUUUUUUUAUUAACAAAUAAAUGCAUUGUUGGUUAAGGGCUGUAAGUAAGCAUUUCACUGUAAUGUCUACCCCUGUUGUAUUCGGCACAUGUGGCCAAUAAAAUUUGAUAUAUAUUUGAAAUAUUUUAUUUGAAUCAUGUAUUAACCAAAAAAGUGUUAAACAAAUGAAAAUAUAUUUAAAAUUUGAGAUUCUUCAAAUAGCCACCCUUUGCCUUGAUGACAGCUUUGGAUACUCUUUUAUUUAGAUUUCAAGGCACACUUAACCAGCAUGGCUACCACAGCAUACGCCAUCCCAUCUGGUUUGGGCUGUCAUCAAGGCAAAGGGUGGCUAUUUGAAGAAUCUCAAAUAUAAAACAUAUUUUGAUUUGUUUAACACGUUUUUUGUAACUACAUGAUUCCAUAUGUGUUAUUUCAUAGUUUUGAUGUCUUCACUAUUAUUCUACAAUGUAGAAAAUAGUAAAAAUAAAGAAAAACCCUUGAAUGAGUAGGUGUGUCCAAACUUUUAACUGGUACUGUAUAGUUACAAGAUGACACAGCGUUAUACUCUGGGUUAUCCUGAACAGAAUGAGCCUAUGUUUGUUUUAUUAUGAAGAAAUGCGGACCACGCAUUUGAAUGCACUCAUAACUCCAUUCUAUGCCACCAAAAUUACGAUCUGCUUCUCUGAAUUGCCUAGUGAAAGUCUAACACUGUAAGAUCGUAUUUUAUAAUUUAGCUAGUCAUGUUGGCAAUGGAACAAGCUUCAAAUUAUUCCCACCUGACCCAGAUUGCGAUUUAAAAUGGACCGUUUUUGGAUUGCAUAAACAACAACAGUUAAUGUGUAAAGGCAGGGAUGCAGGGCUGUGUUCCAAAGAAAACAACUACAAGUGUGCUUGCUAUAGUUCUCAAAGUUCCUCAAAGGCACAGCUAGGAGAGCUCAAAAAACCACCUUACUUCCCCCAGUCCUCCCCCAUGUGCUGCCCUUCUGGCAGCUUCAUGGGCCUUGUACAGCUGGUGAGCAAUCUGCCCUUAAAUUACUCACCAGCUCCCAAUCAGCCCCAAUUAGUCCUGUCCGGGGAUACCGUAGAGACCUGGCACGUCCAGCAGAUGGAGCCACCUCCUCGUGAUGUAUACUCCAUCUGUUACCAGGCCUUGACGAGUCUCCCCCUGGUGGCUGACAUGCUGUACGCCACCCCCCGGCUUGUCUGAGCGCGUCCAGCAGGUGCUCCUUCCAACCUUGGCUGUGGAUGAUGAUAUCAUCCAGAUAGGCCACUGCAUACUGCUUGUGGGGUCGAAGCACUCUUUUCAUCAGUCGCUGGAAUGUGGGCGGGGCUCCGUGGAGACCAAACGGGAGCACCCGGUACUGGUACAGACCGUCUGGUGUCGAGAACGCCGUCUUCUCCCGGGAGGAGGCUGCCAAUGGUACCUGCCAAUAUCCUUUGGUCAGGUCAAGAGUGCUGAUGUACCGGGCCUUUCCCAAUCGGUUGAUUAGCUCAUCCACCCUCGGCAUGGGGUAGGCAUCGAAUACGCUUAUGUCGUUCACACCCCGGAAAUCAUUACAGAAGCGGAGGCUACCGUCCGGUUUGGGCACCAACACGAUGGGGCUGCACCAUGCACUGUGGGACUCUUCAAUGACCCCCAUCCUCAGCAUAGCCUCCACUUCUUGUUUCACGGCCUUCCGUCGGGCCUCUUUCUUACCAUUUCCCCGGGCCGGGUACGGAUGUGGUGUUCAAUGAGGGUCGUGCGGCCCGGCUACUCGGAGAACACCGCCGUGUUCCGAUCGACAAGCUCCCGGAGCUCUUGCUUCUUGGCCGGGUCGUGGUCCUCACUGCUGGGGACCACCACUGGUACCAUUGGCGUCCUGGGUCCCGACCAUAACACGGCCAAGGCUGUCCUCUCAUGCCACUUCUUCAACAGGUUCACGUGGUAAAUCUGUUGAGGUUUCAGUCUCCCCAGUUGCCGUACGCGGUAGUUGACAGGUCCCAGUUUCUCGACUACCUCGUAUGGUCCGUGCCAUGUUGCCAAGAACUUACUUUCGGCCUUGGUGAUCAACACCAUCACCCUCUCCCACCGCGCGUUGGGCCUUCUCCAUAUGUUCCCUCACGACUGGCCACAUGGCUGUCAUCCGCUCCCGCAUCGUCUCCACCUGCUCUACCAUGCUGCGUAAGGGGGUCAGUUGGGCUUCCCACACCUCCUUGGCGAUGACCAGUAGGCCACGUGGCCUCCUCCCGUAGAGGAGUUCAAACGGGGAAAACCCAGUGGAGGAUUGGGGUACUUCUCAGAUUGAGAACAUUAGGUGGGGUAGCAGCUGGUCCCAGUUCUUCCCGUCCUGCACGAUCACCUUCCGCAGCAUCUGUUUGAGCGUUUUGUUAAUACUGAGGUCCGGAUCUGCUUGAUCUGCAUGAGGGCACACAACUCUUUCAUGAGGCGGGACAUAAACUCUGUACCUUGGUCUGUCAGGAUCUCGUUCGGGAUGACCACCCGGUUAAAGAGGUGGAACAGCUCCCGGGCGAUUCCCUUGGAUACCGCCGCCCGUAGGGGAAUGGCCUCGGGAUACCGGGUGGCAUAGUCUACUAUUACCAAGAUGUACCUGUGUCCUCGUGCAGUCUUUACCGGGGUCCCACUAUGUCCAUGGCGAUGCGUUCAAAGGGCACCCCGAUGAUCGGCAGGGGGACCAGAGGGUUUCGGAAGUGUGCUUUCGGGGCAGUGAGUUGACACUCCGGGCAGCUGUGACAGUAGUCUUCCACGGCCCUCCUCAUCCCGGUCCAGUGGAACCGGGCGGCGACCCAUUCCCGGGUCUUCUCCAUUCCCAGGUGCGCCCCCAACAGGUGGGUGUGGGCCAGCUGAAGAACGGUUCCUACGUACCAUCGGGGCAGCAACAAUACCUCUCAAAGUUUCUCCUGUUGGCGCGACACCUGAUACAAAAGGUUAUUCUUAAUUUGGAAAUGGGGGUAUCGCCAGUCACUCACCCUCGGAAGUAGCUGUCCAUCCACCACUACCACUUGGGCUGUGGCAGCUUUCAAAUUUGGAUCCUCCCACUGGGCCGUCCUGAAUGUUUCCCUCAGUUGGCCCCCAACUGGGGUCUCGAUUGGCCCCUCGAAAUUGAGAAGGGGGAGGCUGGGCUCCUCCUCCAGUGGUUCCCCAGGGGGUUCGGGUUCCGGCUCCCCCUCCGACUCCGGACCCGUAGAGUCAGGUUGGUUAACCGGUGGCGUCCUGGCCGCACAGGCGAGGGGUCGUCCCCGCUCUCUUCUUCGGCCGGCUCGUAUCUUUUUUAUCAACUCGUGGCCCCAUAGGGCUGCGAACAGCGGACAAUCCUGUCCCACUAGGAUAGGUACCGGAGUCUCACCCUGGUGGCUGACCUGCUGUACGCCACAGCACAUUUAGUUUAGUUUUCAUUUUGGUACUGCACACACCAUCAUCUGGCAGCUCCCUUGUGGUGUCACGAUGAUGGUCCAUAUGGCGGGAUACCGCUUUGUGUCACCGUGACCACAGGAAAUGUACAUCUCCCUACCCCGUUCGGUCUCCUGGUUCAGCAGGCUCGUGGUUACGAGCGUAACCAUGCUUCCGGAGGCUAAUAGUGCUUCCGUGUCGUGUCCGUCAACCUUCACCGGGACCAUGGGUGCAGUUGAUUCAUGGUGCGCCCAACAGGAGGUGACAUAGUUCACGGCGUGACCCACCUGGCCUCCGGUGCUAGCUGAUGGCAUCAACUCCUCUCGAGCAGGGCAUAUCCAGGCAAUGUGCCCCUGGGCGCCACACUCAAAACACCUCCGUUGGUCUCCAUCUACCUGAGGUCGUCGGUGGUGGGUCGGCCCUUCCCCAGCCGUCUCUCCACGGGUUUGCGGUCCUUUGGCCCUGCCGACUGUCGGUUCGGGGUACACCGCAGUGUGGUUGUCCUUCCGUCCCCUCGCAUAGGUCGCCGACUCGUCCCGGCUCCCCCUCAGUAGGGCCUGAGUGUUCUGUCUCCACUGCUUCCAGGAGGCCCUCCAAGGUCUGGGGCGCACAUAGGCUCGCUGCCCUCUUCAUGUCGUGGGGUAGCGCCCGUACGAAGCGAUCCAGGACCAUUUUGUCGAGGAGGGAGAGGGUGGAUACGUCGGUUAGGAGCCAUGCCCUGGUGACGCGCAGAAGGUCGUUAAUCUGGGCUCGGGGGGAUGCGUCAGGUACGAACCUCCAGUCGUGGAACCGUUGAGCCAGAUGGGCCAGGCUGUACCCGUAGCGGCUGAGUAUCUCCUGUUUGAGUCCGUCGUAGUUAGCCGCCUGUUCGUCGUUCAGGUCCCAAUACGCCUAAUGGGCAUUCCCAGAGAGGAACGCGGCCAGCAGACUUGCCCACUUCGGCCUUGGCCAUCCUUCCUGUAGCGCUGUCCGUUCAAACGUACAGAGGUAUGUUUCAAUGUCAUCGUCUUCCGUUAGCUUGAUUAAAAACUGGUUAGAAUGGGUUUCAGGAGACGCUCCUCCUUGCAGCUUCCUGACUUCCUCCACGAGGCGGACGUUUUGUAGUCGCUGUUCCUCCAGCGUUCGUUCCUGAACCGCCUGUUGUGCUUGUUGGGCCCGGACGAACUGAGCUAUCAACUCGUCCAUGCUGAUGCUGUGUAAACGUCAACCCUGAUCUGACCACGUUAUCAAUGUGCCUACAUUCUCCACCACUUGUUGCAGAUCAGGGGGUUGGGUCAAGACCUUUACACAGAUCAGACACGGACAGAGUAUGAUUAGCUCAGUUUCCAGGGUGUUUAUUAAUAAAAUAAUCAAAAGAAAAGGUUAGGUCUCCCCCAUGAGAUCCUCUCCAGGAUACAAUCUCCAACUACACGGAAGUUACCUUACUUCCCCCAGUCCUCCCCCAUGUGCUGUCCUUCUGGCAGCUUCAUGGGCCUUGUACAGCUGGUGAGCAAUCCGCCCUUAAUUACUCACCAGCUCCCAAUCAGCCCCAAUUAGUCCUGUCCGGGGAGCCCGUCGAGACCUGGCACGUCCAGCAGAUGGAGCCACCUCCUCGUGAUGUAUACUCCAUCUGUUACCAGGCCUCGACGAGUCUCCCCCUGGUGGCUGACCUGCUGUACGCCACAGCACAUUUAGUUUAGUUUUCAUUUUGGAAUUAACAAAUCAACCUUGACAUUAACAUUGUAAUUAUUAACAUUACAACAUAGUCGUGAUUGUUGCGUCAUCCAAUCAAAUGCAGAUGAGGCCUAGGAACUGACAGAUGCUCUGAGAUUUUUUUAUACCAUAUCCUGGGGGAUACUCUGUUCUUUUCCUUGCGCUUAGAGAAAGAACAGACUCGCAGGCCCAUUAGUGCUGUGUGGUCUUUCUCUCUCUCCGAUACACAGCAUUCAGACAGAGUUUUCUGGGAGCGAGAAGGAGAUGAGAGCUCUUUGGGGAGCACUGCAUCAAAUGCCUCCAGUUGAAGAACGGAACAGAGCCUUCCUUCUCUCUCUCUCUCUCUCAAGACUGAUUGAUUUCUUGUCUGCUUGAGAUUUAUCUGUGCUUGUGUCUGUUUAUCUCUGUGUGUGUGCCCAUUGUGUCUAUCUAUGGGAAACCUCAUAAAGGAUUAAUCCACAUAUGCAAGCUGUAAGAACACAGUGUAUUGUAGUUUUCUAUUGACCUCCAAGCAGGUAUAUUGUAUAAUAUUAAUGGUAAAGAAUACAUUGAAUAUAUUACAUGGCUGUAUCUGAAAUGGCACCAUAUACCCUACAUAGUGCACUACUUUUGACCAGGGCCCUAUGUGGAUUCAGCAAGAUUCUCUACUAUUAAGUCUAAACGAUGGUGAGAUAUACAGUACCAGUCAAAAGUUUGGACACACCUACUCAUUCAAGGGUUUUUCUUUAUUUUUGCUAUUUUCUACAUUGUAGAAUAAUAGUGAAGACAUCAAAACUAUGAAAUAACACAUGGAAUCAUGUAGUAACCAAAAAAGUGUUAAACAAAUAAAAUAUAUUUUAUAUUUGAGAUUCUUCAAAUAGCCACACGUUGCCUUGAUGACUGCUUUGCACACUCUUGGCAUUCUCUCAACCAGCCUCACCUGGAAUGCUUUUCCAACAGUCUUGAAGGAGUUCCCACAUAUGCUGAGCACUUGUUGGCUGCUUUUCCUCACUCUGCCGUCCGACUCAUCCCAAACCAUCUCAAUUGGGUUGAGGUCGGGGGAUUGUGGAGGCCAGGUCAUCUGAUGCAGUCCUCCAUCACUCUCCUUCUUGGUAAAAUAGCCCUUACACAGCCUGGAGGUGUGUUGGGUCAUUGUCCUGUUGAAAAACAAAUGAGAGUCCCACUAAGCCCAAACCAGAUGGGAUGGCGUAUCACUGCAGAAUGCUGUGGUAGCCAUGCUGGUUAAGUGUGCCUUGAGUUCUAAAUAAAUCACAGACAGUGUCACCAGCAAAGCACCCCCACACCAUAACACCUCGUCCUCCAUGCUUUACGGUGGGAACUACACAAGCAGAGAUAAUCCGUUCACCCACACCGCGUCUCACAAAGACACAGCGGUUGGAACCAACAAUCUCCAAUUUGGACUCCAGACGAAAGGACACAUUUCCACCGGUCUAAUGUCCAUUGCUCGUGUUUCUUGGCCCAAGCAGGUCUCUUCUUCUUAUUGGUGUCCUUUAGUAGUCGUUUCUUUGCAGCAAUUCGACCUGUUGAUGUUGAGAUGUGUCUGUGACUUUAACUCUGUGAAGCAUUUAUUUGGGCUGCACUUUCUGAGGCUGGUAGCUCUAAUGAACUUAUCCUCUGCAGCAGAGGUAUCCAUUCCUGUGGCAGUCCUCAUGAGAGCCAGUUUCAUCAUAGCGAUUUAUUGUUUUUGCGACUGCACUUGAAGAAACGUUCAAAGUUCUUGAAAUGUUCCGUAUUGACUGAGCUUCAUGUCUUAAAGUAAUGAUGGACUGUCGUUUCUCUUUGCUUAUUUGAGCUGUUAUUGCCAUAAUAUGGACUUGGUUUUUUACCAAAUAGGGCUAUCUUCUGUAAACCCCCCCUACCUUGUCACAACACAACUGAUUGACUCAAACGCAUUAUGUAACUUUUAAGAAGGCACACCUGUUAAUUGAAAUGCAUUCCAGGUGACUACCUCAUGAAGCUGGUUGAGAGAAUGCCAAGCAUGUGCAAAGCUGUCAUCGAGGCAAAGGGUGGCUAUUUGAAGAAUCUCAAAUAUAAAACAUAUUUUGAUUUGUUUAACACGUUUUUGGUUACUACAUGAUUCCAUAUGUGUUAUUUCAUAGUUUUGAUGUCUUCACUAUUAUUCUACAAUGUAAAAAAUAAAGAAAAACCCUUGAAUGAGUAGGUGUGUCCAAACUUUUGACUGGUAGUGUAUAUAUGCUGUAUGGAUAUCGACAGAAGCAGCUAUGCCAAAAGCCAUUCACAAAACUACAGUACAUUAUGAUAAAUUAUUACCUUGGCAGCUACUGCUUGGCUCCUUAUCUUGGAGUCAUCAGAACUAUUGAAGCAGUAGCUCAUGUGAUAACAAACGCGAACUAGCUCUUGCUCUCACUCACGUAUUUAGGUGGCCUACACUCUUCAAAUAAAGUGCUAUCUACAACCUAAAAAGGUUAUUCGGCUGUCCCCGUAGGAUAACCAUUUGAAGAAUCCUUUUUGUUCCAGGUAGAACCCUUUUGGGUUCCAUGUAGAGCCCUUUCUACCCUUCUACCUGGAACCCUUUUUUCUAAGUGUAUGUCUUUUAAACGAGACGACACAGACUCAGUAUGCAUACAGUUCUCUCUCUGUUUGUUUUGUCAAUGCUCCCAUAAUAUAUUUUCAAUUUGCCUGUGAAGUAGCUAACAAAGCCAGACAACAACAGCAAAGAGCAAAGGUAGCUAUUAUAUGGGGCAUAACCUGCCUUUGGCUGUGUUGUUCUGCUUUCCAAGGGCCACUCUCUGAAAGCUUUCUCCACCAGCCUUGCCACCACCCUUGCCAAUGCACAUUGAAUAAACCCAGUCUUCCUGCACAGUCCUACACAGUGUGGCUAUGUGUGUGUGUGUCUGUCUCUCUUUCUCUUUGUGUGUGUGUGUGAGAGUGUCUGUCUGUGUGUUUUCUUUCUGUCCAUCCUGUUUAACAGCAGGGGUGCGAUCCCUUCCCUCACGUAAACAAACAGCCCAUGGCUGCCAGAUCAGAGAUUAGACAACAGGCCCAUGGGAGUAUGUCUUUGUGGGAUUGACUGUCUCUGUGAAUCUACCCACAAAACAACAUGGAUAUUUGUAUCUGUUUGGGAGUAAUGUAGCAGGAUAGUAGAAUGGUAAAUUGUAUAUGAUCUAUAUUUAUAGUCUAUGCAGCAGCAUAUUGUAAUGGCUAUGCAUAGAGAUCCUUAUUUGAGUAGUCUUCUUAGUGUUCUCAUUAAUUUAUCUGGUGCUAAUUUGAAUCAACACUGUAAUUACACUGUACUUACCUAUGUAUCUGCUGGUUUAUCUAAUGGUUUAAGACAGUAUAAAUUGAUAUAAGGUUAAACCAUUGAAGCACUAUGCAGCGUUUCAAACGUCUAAAUUAAUUAAAGGGUUUGCUGUUAAUGGGAGCCACAAAUAAACAUUUGGAGAUUGAUGGGCGGGAACACAUUAUCAUUCAGUUCACUAGUUCCACAUGGGCGGUGGGCCAGAGGCCAGUUGUGUGAAAAGGUGAGGGCAUGUUCAGUAAAGAAGGCCCAGUGCCCUCGAUACGAGAGACGAAGUGAAAUAUUCAUAAAAAACUAAAAUAUUGAUGCUCCACAGCACAGGGAGAAAACACACUGCGUAUUUGACUGUUUUAGGGCAGAUGUGUAUCUUCUGACACAUUUGUUUGUUUCUGAAUGGGAGUUGUACUGUGUGUUUAUUUUGGGGUUUCCCGUCUUUUUACAGUACAGUGACUUUAUUGCUAGACGAUAACUGAGUGAAUAGUGAAUACUCUGUGACUAUUUGCGCUUAUAAGUAUGGCCUAAGUACGUUGUGAGAUUUGGCACUAAUUGGCUCUGAUUUGGUACUAAUGGUCCUGUGUGGCACAGUUGGUAAGAGCAUGGUGCUAGCAACGCCAGGGUUGUGGGUUUGAAUACAAAAAUGUAUGUCGCUUUUGAUAAAAGUGUCUGCUAAAUAGUAUAGGCUAAAAUUACCAACAAAGAUUGCUAGUUAUUAACAAUAACGUUUUUUUACCUUCAGUUCCCAUCUCCCUACUACCCUCAGGCCCAUGAGAACCUGGAGGAGUCCAAGCUGGAGGCGGUGAGUGACAACAACUUGGAGCUGGUGCAGGACAUCCUGAAGGAGCUCACUCCCCUCACACACAGGAACAAGGCUGCAGACGAACUGGCACGCAUACUGAAGGAGCCACACUUCCAGGUCUAAACACUCAAUGUUUUAGCUUUUAUCAGGGCUGAUCUAGGAUAAUGUCCCUCCUGUCCAUGUAAUCUUAUUCAUUAUGAUCUGAAUGGCCAAACUGAUCUUAGAUCAGCACUCCUACUGUGAGACUUCCACACUGAGUUUUUUUUUACCCAUUCUCAAAUAACUUUACCUUAUUGAGGGGAAACUGACCUAACUGAUGUAGCUACCGUUGGAUGGCAUGCUACUGUGUUUAAUGUAUCGAAUGCAAUCUUCUUAAGAUCAGUUGUAAAUCUUACUAGAACAAUUCCAUCCUACAGUAUGUGUCAUGCAAUCAUCAACAUCAUUAUCCUCUGCCCCUAUUGGUCCACAGUCUCUCCUGGAAACCCAUGAUUCGGUGGCGUCCAAGACCUUUGAGACUCCUCCUCCAAGCCCCUGUUCCUUCAUGGACGCUGCCUUCAACAACCAGCCUGUAGCCCCAGACGCAGUCAGGAUGGUGGGCAUCCGCAAGGUGUCUGGAGAGCACCUGGUAAGACUCAGUGAGGGGCAAGAAAUGCUGGACACCCUAACAGCCAUUUUGAAAUGGCUUACUUUACAGUGGCUUACAGUGCAACUGUUUGUUGAGUUUGUGAGUGUGGUUCUUUAUGAAACUGAAAAACAAAAUGGCGGUCCUUGUUUAACCUUUGGUAGUCCUUCCACUCAUGAUCAUGGAUGUUUUACUCUUCUUUGACUCAGCUCAGGUAGUUAAAAACCAAUGGAAACUGCAAUGUAAAAUACACUGUUACAUCUUUGUCUUUGUAGGGUGUGACAUUUCGGGUGGAGAGCGGAGAGCUGGUGAUCGCCCGCAUCCUCCACGGUGGGAUGAUCGACCAGCAGGGCCUCCUCCACGUGGGUGACAUUAUCAAGGAGGUGAACGCGAAAGAGGUGGGCAAUGACCCCAAGGUGCUCCAGCAGAUGCUGAAAGAGGCCAGCGGCAGCGUGGUGCUCAAGAUCCUCCCCAGCUACCAGGAGCCUCACACCCCACGCCAG